AUGCCUGAGGAAACGUCGACCCACAAGGCGCCCGCGUGGCUGACUGAGGAAUACGUGGAGAAAAAGUUAAGAGGUUACUUUAAGAACGACACCCUGAAUGUGGAGAAACUGGAGAUCAAGCCGGCGACGGCGAAUGGAGAAAACUACGCCAGUGUAAUGACCCGCAUCAAUGUGGAGUACACCACAAAGGAGUCUAAGGAUAAGAAAGAUACCACGUUCCUACUGAAAACCACCUUCGCCGACAAAGAUCCGGCGGCCCAUUUGCUCAUGAACUACGGAAUUUACACGAGGGAGAUUGACAUGUACGAGCAGAUAUUGCCGAAAUUAGCGGAUAUAGUGCGAAACGAGCUCCACGAUUCCAGGAAGCUAUUUGCGGCCACCGUAAAUGUAGAUCGCGAACGGGAUUCGAUCAUGUUCGAGGACCUCUCGCUGGAGAAGUACAAAGUGGCCUGUCGGGUCAAGAAACUGGAUCUGGAGCACACUCAUCUGGUCCUGGAGAAACUGGCCGACUUUCAUGCAGCCGGAGCUGCUCUAGCCGAGCGUCAGCGUGGAAUCUUUGAAAAGAACUUUGAUCGGGGAUUUUUCAACAAACAUGUUCGCGGCUACGAAGGCAUAAUGAAGAACAUUCUGAAAGCGCUGUCGCGCACCCUAGAGUCGAAUUCAGAUCUGAAGGAGCGUUACCAGGCGAAAAUCGAUAGGUUAAUCGAUCACGUAAUGGAAUACGGCGAACGAUCGUCGACAAUUAAUCCCGGGGACUUUGUGACCCUGGCGCACGGAGACAUUUGGACUACCAAUGUUAUGUUCCAGUACGAUGAGAAAGAUCAUCCGAUAAACGCCAUCUUCAUCGACUUUCAGUUUAGUGUUUGGAACUCUCCGGCCAUCGAUCUGCAUUAUUUCUUUUGCACCUCGAUCCACGAAAAUCUUCGUCUGCAUCAUCAAACGGAGCUGGUACAAUUCUACUAUUAUAAACUCGUGAAGGCUCUGAAAAAGGUCAACUAUACGGGAAAGGUUCCCAGCUUAUUUGAGUUCCAACUACAGUUCCGGGCUAAGGCUUUUUAUGCCGUAUUUUCUUCACUUAUUUUUGAACCUACCAUGGUCUAUAAUGGCAAAGAAGAGCCAUCCAUAGAGAGCUUUAUGACCAGUGAUGAGGAGGGAGCACGGAUAAGGCAAGCCGUUUAUCAGACAGAGGCAAACGAAAAGAAAUUGCUUCUGGAGCUGCCGUUCCUCGAUCAGUGGGGAUUGCUAGAUGAAAUGUAAUAUAAA